CAGUUGUGAGCGAGCAACAAGUGAGGCAAGUUGCAAAAACUAAAGAAUUAAAUAUAUUAUUAUUAUUAUAUUUCUAUUAAAUUCACAAUUCUAUUAAAUAUAAACACAACUAUUAAGCCAUGUCAAGUGUGAUACCAAAAACUGUGAAUCCCGAUUUGCAAAAAGAAAGAGAUGCAGCCAGUUUCAAGACUGAAGAGUUUGCCGCCUGGUGGGCAGGUGGUGAAGAGAAACUUAAAUUUAAUCGCGAUAUUAGAACAUAUUUAUCGAAGGAUUUCGAUUUGAAUGAACUGGGACAAUUGUGGUAUAAAGCUCAUGAGGAUAUUUUUGAGGCAUCCACAAAAUCGGCCAUUGAUUUGGCCAAGAAACUUAGAGUUCUACAAGAGGAACGUAAUCCCGGAGGCAAUGAUUAUUGGCCGGGUCUUUUUGACACUCCAGUCACUUGGGGUCUGAUUCCCGGUGGCAAUCCUUUUGGCGUAAUGUAUGUGAUGCUGGUCAAUGCCUUGAAGGCUCAAUGUACUGAUGAGCAGUAUGAAGAGUUUGGCUCAAGAAUCGAAAAAUUCCAAGCUACCGGAACCUAUGCCCAAACUGAACUGGGUCAUGGCACUUUCUUGCGUGGCCUGGAAAUGCGUGCCGACUAUGACCCAAAAACAGAUGAAUUUGUGCUAAAUACUCCAAAGAUUACAUCCUACAAAUGGUGGCCAGGAGGCUUGGGUCAUAGUUCUAAUCAUUGCAUGGUCAUGGCCCAAUUGUAUAUUGAUAACAAGUCAAAGGGUCCACACAUGUUCUAUGUUCAAGUGCGUGAUGAGGAGACUCAUGAACCUUUGCCGGGCAUUCAUAUCGGUGAUAUUGGCAAGAAGAUGGGUUUCCAUGGCGUCAAUAAUGGUUUUCUGGGAAUGAAGAAUGUUAGAAUACCGCGAACCCGCAUGCUGAUGCGACAUGCCCAAGUCCAUGAGGGUGGCAAAUAUGUCAAAAGUCCGGCCAAUGUCCUUACAUACUAUGCGAUGGUGAGGACACGUUGUGUUGUGGCCAGAAAUAAUGCUCUAAUGUUGGCCGCUGCAGCUACAAUCUCGACACGCUACUCAUCCGUGAGACGUCAAAGUCCCAUUAAUCCGAAUGAACCCGAACCCCAGAUUAUUGAUCAUGUUACCCAGCAAUUGAAACUGUUUCCCGAAAUAGCUGCCAGUGUGGCGUAUCGUUUGGCCGGUGACUAUUUGUGGCAAUUGUACGAUGUGACCUUAGAAGACAUUAACAAUGGCAAAUAUCAACGUCUGCCUGAAUUGCAUUCCCUGUCGUGUGCCCUCAAGGUUCUAUGCUCCGCGGACUCUACAAGUGGUGUCGAGAGAUUGCGUUUGGCCUGUGGUGGUCAUGGUUACCUCAGUGCUUCCAAUCUUUGUCACAUAUAUGGCAAUGCCACCGCCGCUUGUACAUAUGAGGGAGAGAAUACGGUUCUCCUCCUGCAGAUUGGACGUUUCCUUAUGAAAUCUUGGCGCGCCUCCCUAAGUGGAGCUACCUUGGCUCCCACAGUUAGCUACUUGACCGAGGUGCAAAAGAAUCCAGAGUUUGGUGCUUGGACAGGCAGCUGGGAGAACUUAGUCAAGGCCAUGCAAUAUGCUGCUGCCAACAAAACCCGUACAGCCUUCAAGAGUCUAUCGAAACGUCUUUCAGUGGGCCAGACUGAAGAGGAAGCCGCCAAUCAUACAGGAAUUGAGUUCACUCAGGCCGCUGAACUUCAUGGACGUGCCUUUGUCUUUGGCUCCUUUGUCGCAGAGGUGACUGGACCCAAUGCCAAGAAACGUUCAGCUAGCCUGAAUAGAAUUCUUGAGCUAUUGCUAGAACUGUAUUUGGUUAAUGAAACCCUCAAGCAACUAGGACAUCUGCUACAAUUCAUUAACUUGACGGAUACGGAUUUAAGCCAACUGCAAGAUCGCCUGGAGCAUACUUUGACCAAACUCCGUCCCGAAGCUGUGGCCAUUGUGGAUGGGUUCGAUUUCAGUGAUAUUCAAUUGAACUCUGCCUUGGGCUCAUACGAUGGCAAUGCCUAUGAACGUAUCUUUGAUUCCGCUCUUAAGAAUCCACUAAAUCAAAAGUCUGUGCCAAAGUCUUUCCAUUCGUAUCUAAAACCAUUCGUCAAGUCCAAUAUCUAAGUGCCUAGAAUUUAGAGUCGAGCAAUAUAAGUAUAGGAGAUGGGUUAUCUUAUUCUUUUUGUAUAUACAAUUGUUAUUACCUCAUUUUAUAUUUGUUGUUAUGUAUAACUAAACUAAACUACUCUCUUAAUAAAUUUUUAUA